AUGGAGUCUGACGAAGAGGAUUUUGUUUUCUAUGGAACGCCGAUAGAGCGUGAGGACGAUUUACUCAGUCGCAAGAAGAAGGCCAUUGCCGAGUCCUCGGGUCAACUACGAACGCUUCCCGCUUGGAAGCAAGAGGUUAGAGAUGAGGAAGGGCGGAGAAGAUUUCAUGGAGCAUUUACAGGAGGCUAUUCUGCUGGUUACUAUAAUACAGUGGGCUCAAAGGAAGGGUGGGCACCCCAGUCAUUUAAGUCAUCCAGGAAGAACAGAGCUGAAUUCAAAGAGCAGAAUAUACUGAAUUUUCUAGAUGAAGACGAGAAAUCUGUUGGUUACUUAAUUGGUGGCCGGGGUUCAGGGACUACUUCACAGUUUGAUACAUUUGGCUUCACAGCCGCUGAAAUUGCCCGCAAACAAGUUGAGAAAGAACAGAAACAGAGGACUAAGGCUAUGUGCCUUAUCCUUGUGAGCCUUGUGCACUUGGCUGCCCUCUUUCAUCUAAAGCCAUCCAUAAUUCCUGGACCUGCUCCUGAUGAAAUAGUUGUUCCUGUCACUGAGUCUGUUGGGGUAAAACUGCUCUUGAAGAUGGGGUGGAGUCGAGGCCGCACGAUCAAGGAUUCGCAUUCUGAUGCACUGUAUGACGCCAGAAGACAGGCCCGUAGAGCUUUCUUAGCAUUUUCUUCUGAUGAUCCAAAAGUGGAAGUUUCAGAGUCUGAGUCUGUCAAAGGUGAUAUUGAAAAUUUUCCUGAGGAGCCUGUGAAUGAUGAUGUCCAGUUUUCUAAGAGCACACCGUAUGGUUCUUUCGGGAUUGUGAUGUGUGAUGUUUAUGUACUCAAUCCAAAGCAAGACCUGCAUGGAUUAGGUUUUGAUCCUUACAAGCAUGCUCCUGAGUUUAGAGAGAACAAAAGAUCACGCAUAGCUAACAAGAGUGGACUUGGGUUCUCCAGUAGAGAUAGUCUUUUUGGUUUGAAGUCAGGAAAGGCUGCCCCCGGUUUUGGUAUUGGAGCUCUGGAGGAGCUUGAUGCUGAGGAUGAGGAUGUCUAUGCCACUGGUUAUGAAUUUGAAGAUGCUUAUGUUCAAGAAGUAGAAGAACCUUCAACAUUGAGAUUAGAAAACCAGACAAAGAAAGAGAAGAAGGAUCAGGGUGAUCUGCCUGGUUUCAGAGUUGCAUCCAAUUCUGACUAUAAAAUGGAAAGAUUUGAGGCUCCUCUGGUUCCCAAGGAUUUUGUGCCUCGCCAUGAAUUUUCGGGACCACUUGACAUCAACCGCAAGACCUAUGAAGUUACUCCACCAGAUGCUCCUCCUCCAGAGGAUGGAAAUUUAAAAUUAUUAAUUGAGGGGGUUGCCAAUCUGGUAGCUAAAUGUGGUAAAUUAUAUGAGGAUUUAUCUAAAGAAAAGAAUCAAUCAAAUCCAUUGUUUAGUUUUCUUUCCGGAGGAACUGGCCAUGAAUAUUAUGCUAGGAAAUUGUGGGAGGCACAGCAGAAACACAAUGAUCAGACUAGUCAACAAUUGAAUGGAAAAAUGCCUCCCAGUGUGAAGAAGCUAACAGCUGAGAGCCGAGGCCAGAUCUUAGGGGAAAAACCUCUAGAAAAAAGCUCCCAAAUUCCAUCCUCAUCUGUUGCUUCUACUGAUAUUCAACUCCAAUUUAAUCUUACUGAUACAUUUACCAAGUCUGCGUCAUUUAGUCAGUUAACGAAUGUAGAAAAUCCUUUCAAAGAUGAUCCAGCAAAGCAAGAAAGAUUUGAGCUGUUUCUUAAGGAGAAAUAUAAAGGGGGAUUACGCUCUGCAAGUUCUAGCUUAGCUAGUGAUAUGUCAGAGGCUGCUCGUGCUCAAGAAAGACUAAGUUUUGAGGCUGCAGCUGAGGCAAUAGAAAAGGCACGACAGGGCAGGGGAAGCAAGCUUUUAAGUCCAUCAUCCAUGGAUUUUAUCCCUGGUGGUGUUAUGCAGUUUACUUCUAGUGAAGUAGAGCCAAAGAAAGACUUAAAAGCUGAAGAUAUUUUGAGGAAGAAAAUGUACCCUAAGAGGGAAGAGUUCCAAUGGCGUCCUUCACCUCUUUUGUGCAAACGCUUUGAUCUUAUUGAUCCUUAUAUGGGGAAGCCACCGCCUGUUCCACGGAUUAGGAGUAAAAUGGAUUCCUUGAUUUUUACAUCAGAUUCAGUCAAAGGGAUCAAAGUGGACGACCCUGAAACUUCAAAGAAGGAAAUCUCAUCUUUGCCACAAUCUACUAAUGAAGACAUAACCAAAAGUAUUACUGAAAACAAAACUGAGGGGGACGUGAAAGUUGAAAAUAUUGAAAGGCCAGUUGACCUAUAUAAGGCUAUUUUUUCUGAUGAUUCAGAGGAUGAAGGGGGAGAUUCUGGUAUUGGGAGAGUGGAUAAUCAAGAAAAGAAAGCUGAAGUAGCUAAUACGGCAUUGAGCCGAUUGAUUGCUGGUGAUUUUCUGGAAUCAUUGGGCAAGGAACUAGGAAUAGGGGUUCCUCCUGAUAUGCCUUACGCCACACAGAAGUCCAAGAACAUUGCACUUCAGAAAGAACUUGUUAAUGAAGAUACAAGAACUGACAUCCUCAAGAGUCAAAAUAAUGACGAGAUGUCCUUAAAUCAUGAUUUGCCAUAUGAUCAGCAGAUCGCCCGUGAGGAUGUUCCAUCAAAAGGUGACACUAUUCAUGGAAAUAUGCGUGAGAGCAGUAAUGUGAACAGCAAGGGAAACAGUACCAUGAACUAUAGACCAGACAAAUCUCAUGAGGAGAAUAUCAAAGAUGCCAGGAAGGUUAAAACCCCUGUAACACACCGCCGAGAUUAUAAUAGCAGUUCUUCAUUAGAAGAGGAAAAGAACAGAAAAUGCUCCAGACACCAUCGACAUAAGAGGCGCAAUGAAGGAAGCGAUUCAUCCGGCGAUGAUGAAAGAGAUAGACAACACAGUUCAAGGUCAAAAGGGAGAAGGAAAGGUUCUUCCCGAGAAAAAAGCAGAAGUGAAAAACACUCAAAACAUCACAAACACAGAAAGCAUGAAUCUCCAAAUAGAUCCUCUCGUUAUAGCAAUGAGAAGGACAAUCCACAUUCCAAAAAUGAGAAAAGGCGAAGGGAAUGA